UGCAAAUUGGCAAGCCGUCUGGAGGCAGCAGUCAUCAUAAUAAUCAGUGCCGAGCGCUAGUCAAGUGCUCAGCGUGCGCACCGGAGAGCCAUCAGUCCGGAGAGCAGCCACCCAGUUCGGAGAGCCCCAAUCAAUCCGGAGAGCAAUAGCAGCAGCGCAGUGAAAUCCUGGGAAAACCUGGAAACUCGACGACUGCCACAAUGCUAAAACGCAUGACACUCCUCGUCGCACUUGCACGCGAGACGUCGUCGCUCAACGGCGCCUGGCGCCGACGCGGCGUCUACCGCGACCGCAGCGACAUGCCGCCGCUCGACGCCGUCGCGGCCGCGGUCGGCGCCGCCGCGCCCUGGGCGGCGCCGAAGUGGGUCUGGGCCUUCUGCUGGCGCGCGCACGCGCGGCUGCUGCCCGCGCUCCACGCGCGCGACGGCCUCACGAACACCUGCGUGAACCUCCAGGUGCUCUGGCUCAAAGCGCUCGCCGGCGACGACGCGGCGUACGCGCUCUUGCCGCGCGGAUUUCGCCUACUCGUCGCGCCGCCGCUGCGGCGGUUCUACCCGAGGCUCCACCACCAGAACAUCAAACUCCGCGCGAAGUUCCUGGACGACGCCGUCCGGGACGAGCUGCGCCGCGGCGACGACGACGUGGCCGUCGUGGCGCUGGGGGCGGGCUUCGACGGGCGCGCGGCCCGCGCGGUGGAAGACCGCGGGCCGCGCGCGCGCGCCGCCGACGUCGACCUGCCCGAGGUCAUCGCGCAGAAGCGAAGCGUGCUGGGCCGCGCGGACGGAUACGGCGCCGAGCUGAUCGCCUGCGACCUCGCCGGCGCCGGCGUCGAGGCCGCGCUCGCGCGGGCGAUAGGGAACCGCACGCGCGUCGUAUUCGUCGUCGAGGCACUCCUGAUCUACCUCGACGCCGCCGCGGCGGAGCGGCUCCUCGACGCGUGCCGCGGCGCGCCGUGCGCCGCGGUGUCGCUCUGCUUCGCGGACCGGCUCGCGAUCGACGGCGUCGACGAGGCGGCAGCCGCGCGCCUCUUCGCGGACCGCGGCUUUGACCUCGUCCGCUACCUCCCGAAGCCGGGCCUCGCGCGGCACAUGGGCGUGGCGCGGCGGCGGCCGCGUCGUGGGGAGAGCUAA